AUGUCCAACAACGACGUCGAUAUAGCCGAUCGAACCCCCGAUUCCCCACUCCAAGACCUCGUUCUUCAAGAGUUCCGCGACUUCCUGACCGUGCACUGGCUCGAGUCGAAGCUUGCGGGUCCCGUUGCCAAAAUGCCAGACAAACCCUCAGACCAAACUCCCAAACAACGUGGAAGAUCCUCGAGAUCGAGAUCUCCCCCACACGGGCCUGCCCCAGCUCGGGACCGGAGAGACCACCAACGGAAGCGUAACACCGGAGGCGCUCAACAUGGCCAACCGGCCCUUUCAAACUCGGAUCAACAACAGAUCCGCCGUUUGUUUGAGGCCCACCAAAGCACACAAGGGGUUGGUAAGUCCAUGUCGGACUUGCCCACCAUCAAGCCGAACUAUGACGGGAAAGGAAAGCUCUUUCCUCUGAUCUUGGACGACGAGGUUUUCCUCAGAUCCCACAAUGAGAAGAGAAGGAAGCCGGACUACAUGGAGCGCCUCUCCAAUGACCCGAGCACUCCUCACUUCAAUUGGAUGGCACGCCAAACCAGUUCCGGCAGGCCAAACGCUUACCUGGCCAAGACAACAACCGACCGCGAGUCGUUGCUUGCCUUGGUCAACUCAAUCGAGAGGCUCGCCAUGGAAAGCAACACCCCGGUUGCCAAUGUGAGAUUUGAGCUUGUCCCACGGUUCUUUGUUGAAAAACAUCGCAACGAAGUUGAGGGCAUCAUCCAUGACCAGGAAGAGCCAAUCGCCAUCGACUACGACGAUCAACCGGCCGCUGAGGUUGCCAAAGCUCCCUCCGUCUCGGUUCCAGAUGUUGUCUGCGGCAACAAACUGUGUGGCAAAAAAGGUCACACACUCGCCCAGUGUAUCAUUCCAGACCCCAAAACGGGUCUCGUGUAUGGUUGUCCAUUGUGCAACACAGACGACCACCUCCUUGACUGGAAUUGCCCCGUGAAGCCCAUACCUGCUCCAGGAACACAGUUGGACCCCAAGGUGAUCCAGGAGUACAUCGAGAGGCUUCUCGACGUAUGCUUUGUGAAAAGGGCCAACAGGCCCUUCUUCGCAACCAAUGGCACGACCUGGCCUUCUCUUUUCCUAACUUACCGGCACUAUGCGGAGCACAUCAAUACUUUCGAGGAACUCAACAAGUCAUCCUGGGAUACAAGGGGCCACUAUCCAUGGACCUCAGAGUACGCCAUGCGCAUGGUUGACUCUGCGGAGAAAAUGGACGAGAUGAAGAAGUUUGACCCGACCACACAUACAUGUCGUAAUGUCGGCUGCUCUCACUUUCAUUCUCGGGACCCUGUAUACAACAAAUACAAGUCCUUGUCUGAGACCAUCGACGCGUUUCUCGACGGAAAAUGGAAUGUUGCGACCGGUUGGAUCCCUACCACGAAUGUGGACCGACUUACCAGGUUGUGGUAUCUGGAAGCUCAAGCCCGUCGGCUAGUCCAAAGCGCCGAGUUCCUUGUCAAAGAGGAGCCUGGUGCCGAAGCACCACCGGCGCCUGUGAAGCCCGAGUCCUUCCCACCUCCCACCAUCGUGUCCAACGCUUCCAACUUGGUGCAAUAUGUGUGGAACGAACAAACACAGAACUUCGACCCUAGUACCGAUUGGUCGUUUUUCAGCUUCGUCUCUACCGAGGACAAGGCACCGAAUCUCCUCCGUCGGUGCGAUCCCGAGGCCGACUACGCCAUCAAAUACGCAGCAUGGGUGUUCAAGCACCGACGGCCAGACAACGGGCCAGUUGGUGACUCUCUUGAGGACCAGGCUCUCCGCGCGGUAAUCAAGGCCGAGGGGGAGCUUCGAAAUUGGGAGAGUCGGGUGGCCAAACUGGGCCGUCAAGCUCAAGAAAGGACCAACGCUCGAGAGGCAGAAGAGAGAGAAAUGGCCUCAGAGGCUGAAAACUCGAGACCGACACAACAUGCCGAUUCAGGUGGAAAUAAGGCGAGGUCCAAGGAAGCGAGCCGCAAGCAAGCGCGCAAAACCACCGAGGAGUUUCUCCUCCUUUCAGACUCAUCUGACGAUGCCAGUUUGGCACAUACGGGUCUUGUGACCGCGAGCGACCGGACUAUCGAGACCGCCAUCGAGGCCGCGGACGAGCGCACGAGCGACGGGAAAACCGAGACCACGAACGAGACCACGAACGAGACCACGAACAAGACCACGAACGGGACUACGAACGAGACUACGAGCGAGACUACGAAUGAGACUACAAAACGACUCCAUGAUAGAGACCACAAUCGAAGUCGCUCGCCUAGCCCUCCAUGUCAUUGA